GGCCAAGUGUCGACAUGUCGUUCCGAUGUUAAAAAACUUUCACUCCGUAACUGUAAGAACGACGUCGACGUACGGUGAAAAAUUGCAGUCGGCCCAAUCGGAAGGAACGGUUCGAGCUCAGACAACGCAUUCGCACAGCAAAGUCUCCGGCUUCUCCUCUCCAUCUCCGCCGCCGUCUGAGAUUUUCGCAGCUCCGGUACUGUAGAUUAAGGCGGUGAGCAUGGACACGGCCAAGGAAGAGUUUCUCAGGGAGUUCGGUGGUGACUACGGCUACCCCGCCGGUCCCAAGACCAUAGAUGAGAUUCGAGCCACUGAAUUUAAGCGCCUAGCCGGUGUGGCCUACUUGGACCAUGCGGGAGCAACUUUGUAUUCCGAGUUACAAAUGGAAGCGAUCUUUAAAGAUCUCACUGCUAAUUUAUAUGGAAAUCCUCAUAGCCGAAGUGAUUCUAGCUUUGCUACUUCUGAAAUCGUAAGGAAUGCCCGUCAACAGGUCCUUGACUAUUGCAAAGCAUCUCCUAAGGACUACAAAUGCAUAUUUACUUCUGGUGCUACUGCAGCAUUAAAAUUAGUUGGUGAAGCCUUCCCAUGGAGUCAUCAGAGCAGCUUUGUGUACACAACGGAAAAUCAUAACAGUGUUCUUGGAAUCAGGGAAUAUGCUCUUGAACAAGGAGCUCAAGCCUAUGCCAUAGAUAUUGAACAUGCAGAACGGGAUGCAUCCACAGGAAACCUUGCAUCUAUGCACGUAAUAAAGCACCAACUGCUAAGGAGAAAUGAAGCCGAGUUUCUGGAUAAAGAUAAUAUAGGCAGUGCGUAUAACUUGUUUGCCUUCCCUUCAGAGUGCAAUUUCUCUGGUUUGAAAUUUAGCCUUGAAUUGGUGAAGGUUGUAAAGAAAGAUUUGAUUAGAUAUUUUGAUGGCUCUCCAUCUUUGAAUGGAAACUGGAAGGUCUUGAUUGAUGCCGCAAAAGGAUGUACCACAGAACCACCAGAUUUAUCGAAGUAUCCUGCUGAUUUUGUUGUCAUCUCUUUCUAUAAGCUGUUUGGGUAUCCAACUGGACUUGGAGCUCUCAUAGUUCAUACUGAUGCUGCCAAGUUGUUGAAGAAAAGAUACUUUAGUGGAGGCACCGUUGCUGCUUCAAUUGCUGACAUUGACUAUGUCAAACGAAGAGAGGGCAUCGAGGAGCUCUUUGAAGAUGGUACAAUCCCAUUCCUGAGUAUAGCGUCUCUAUCCCAUGGGUUCAAAGUUCUAAAUUCUCUAACUGUACCUGCAAUAUCUCGGCAUACUUCAUCUCUUGCCACGUACUUGAGGAACAUUCUUGUGGCCUUGAAGCAUGAAAAUGGAACCAGUGUAUGCACUCUCUAUGGAAGUUGCAAUUCCGAGACACUACGUAACAAAAUGGGUUCUAUAGUCUCAUUCAAUUUGGGACGACCAGAUGGAUCUUGGGUUGGACACCGUGAAGUGGAAAAACUGGCCUCUUUGUCUGGGAUUCAGUUAAGGACAGGAUGUUUCUGUAAUCCUGGAGCCUGUGCAAAAUAUCUUGGUCUAUCUCAUUUGGAUCUUGUUACAAAUAUUGAGGCAGGUCAUGUCUGCUGGGAUGAUUAUGAUAUAAUUAAUGGAAAACCAACUGGUGCAGUGAGAGUAUCCUUUGGAUACAUGUCAACUUAUGAAGAUGUCAAGAAAUUCAUUGAUUUUGUGACAAGUUCCUUUGUCUCGAUCCCAACUUAUGCUAGACAUGGAUUACAGUUUUGCAGAAGGUCCAUCCCUUUCACAGACACAGGUCUUGAGAGCAGAUAUUCAGCUUCUGGAUUUAACCUCAAAUCUAUUGCUGUCUAUCCAAUAAAAUCAUGUGCAGGAUUCAGCAUAGAUAGAUGGCCAUUGAGCAGUCGAGGGCUGCUUCAUGAUCGGGAGUGGCUACUUCAAAGCCUGACUGGUGAAACUCUUACACAGAAGAAGGUUCCUGAAAUGUGCCUUGUAAGUACUCAUAUCGACCUAAGUCAGGGAAUAUUGUUUAUCGACUCCCCACAUUGCAAAGAGAGACUGCAGAUCACCCUUAAUUCAAAUCCUUGCAAUGCCAAGAGAGAAGAAAUAAGUUUACACGGUCAGAUAUAUGAAGUUCAGGGUUAUGACAAGGAAGUUGAUGCUUGGUUUAGUGCUGCAAUUGGUCGGCCAUGUACUUUGUUGCGCUAUUUAAGUUCCAGUCAUUAUGUCAGCUUGGAUAAGAGAGAUGUUGUUGGUUCCUGUAGAGAAUCACGGACUCGUUUGAAUUUUUCCAAUGAAGCACAGUUCUUGCUGAUAUCUGAGGAGAGUGUAUCAGACCUCAAUGAUAGAUUGAAUUCAAGAGAUGUUGGAAAGGACAUUCGUAGAACAUCAGUUCGCGUUAACCCUACGCGGUUUCGGCCAAAUCUUGUCAUUUCUGGAGGGAGACCUUACGCUGAAGAUGAGUGGAGAAAUAUUAAAAUUGGUAACAAUAAGUACUUCAGAUCUUUAGGUGGAUGCAACCGCUGCCAGAUGAUCAAUUUUUAUACUGAUGCUGAACAAGUCCUGAAGACAAACGAACCUUUAUCUACUUUAGCAUCAUACCGGAGGGUGAAGGGGAAAAUCUUGUUUGGGAUACUGCUGAGAUAUGAAUUUGAGGCUGAAGAAGGGAAGACCCAAGAUUUGUGGCUUCAGGUGGGAGAAAGUAUAAUUCCAGAUUCCGAGUAGGUUCGAGCCAUACCGCGUACACAUACAGACUAGGUAAAGUGUUUAAGUAGGGAAGAUAUCUCUUCUGUGCAUUAGUUUAAGGAUUUUCUCUCUGCCCAAGUAUUCAGGUCUAAAGAAAUCCCGAUAAAACUUAAAAUAAAAUGCAUCUUCCUUUUUUUUUUUGUCUUUUUUUUCUUGAAGAGAACUAAAAUGCAUCUGUUGUAGUCAAUGGAAUAGGGGAAUCGGAUAGAGGGGAAAAAGAAGGAAAAAACCACUUUUAAUUUCUUGUGGAAGGAGAUGACAUGCGGCAUUUUGUUUACUUUCCGACUCUGAAUGAAAACUUUUUAUAAUCGAA